UACGGGAAUGAAAAGAUUUUUUUGUCUCCAAGUCUUACGGUUUAGGAGUUUUCCAGAGAUCAAGGUCCAAAAAGGACCCUGAACGGCGUCCCAGGAUUUUUUAAUAUACUUCAAGCUGGAGAGUUCGGUUUGUUUUAUUUUAAACUAGGCAUCUAACUACAUCGACUGACCGGCGCCGAUUUUUCAAUUAAGCCUUUAUUCUUUUCCAGACAACCAACAACCUCCGAAACCCGAAAAAGCCUUCCGGAUUUUCUAAAAAUCCUCAGUUUGACAAAAAACUAAGACCUAAUUCAAAACUUAUUAAAUUUAGGAGGGUUGNCAAAACUCGACGCCUGUCAGACCAUGUAGUUUCUUUUCCUCUUUUAAACAAAAAAAGAAUGAACUCUCUACGACAAACCGCUAUUAAAAAUCUUGGGACGCACUUCAGGUGUACCUCUUAUAUAGCGACAACGCUGUAUGAAAUAGUCGAUUUUAUGACUUCUGGGAAAAUGCCUGUAACUUUUUGAUGCAACGUCAUACAGAGUUGCACGAGGUCUUAUUUUGAUCAGACACGUUUGCUCUAGAAAGCUGUGUUUUCACAAAAAUUUUAAUUGCAAAAGUAUCCAGGAAAAAUCCAUUAUUUGAAGACCCGUUUUUUCGAGGCUCUUAGAAAACUUGCUCGAAAUCCCGGAAAAAUCACUUUUGUAACCAAAACCAAUACAGAUUCUGGAAGUAGACACUUUAGGCUACCUUUUCAUGUGUGUAUCUCAAAACCGAUUUUUUGACCGAAAAUCACCAUUUCUGAGGGGGAGGGGCCUUAAUUCCGAAUUUUCCAUUUUGUAUGUGUUAUCUGACACUAGUUUCUAGUUUUCACAAUGGAUAAUAAAGGUUUUACUUAUGACCGCUAAAAAAACCAUUGAAAUUUCGAAAAUCACACAUCUGAAAGUUGAGGUACCAUAAAUGAUGAUUAGGAUACUAAUAUUGACAUUAGGAACUAUUUAGAGCAGACAAAUGUGCAUAUGCAGACUCCAGUGAAUACUGAGGACAGGUAUUGGCGAAUGUCGUAGGGGUAUUGACGAAUGUCAAUUUGGCGAAUGUCGUGUGGACGGACAGUCGCCAAUAUGGCGAAUGUCUAUUGGCGAAAGUUGAAUUGGCGAAACGCGGUCUUACUUUUAGUUUAGACUGGGUUUUGUAUUUAUUCUCCAUUUAAAAGCAGAUCAUUAAUAAGUUAUUUAGCAGUUUUUAGAAUUGUAAAAGCUGUUAACUGCGAUUCAAUUCUGCAGGGUUCAUCGAAAAACCGAAUUAGAUCAACGUUUUGCUAGAUCCUCUAGAGAAAAUUGAAAUCUUGCAAUAUCUUGAAUAUAUAUGAUAAGAAAAUAGAAUAUUAUUUUACGUGUCAUCUAAAGGAUUACAAUUUUGUGGAAAAGUCAUUGUAGUCAUAUAAUUUUUUCUUCUUUUUUUCUACUAUUACAAAAAAGGGCUUGAUGUAACCUCACCAGAACCAUUACCAUUAGAUCAUAAAUUAUUAAAAUUAAAAAAUUGUGUUAUAUUACCUCAUAUUGGUAGUGCAGAAACAAAUUGUCGAAAGAAAAUGGUUGAAAUUAGUAUUCAUAAUUUAAUAGAGUAUUUUGAUAAUAAAUCAAUGAUUAGUCAAAUUAAUGUCAAUUAA